UGAUGUAAAAAAUUGAAAAUCUAGAAUCUAGAUAACAAAUGAAUAUAUGUAUAAAAUGGCGCAAGAAUGCACUUAUCAGUAGAACAUAAUUUAUACGAAUCUAUGUUGAAUACCUGACUCUAGUCAGUCCAUUCUAGUUACACUUUCUACUUUGCUCAUCCAGAACGCAUGGCACUUAAUAUCUAUUGCGAUUAACUCAUUAACACGCACGAUAAUUCUGAAAAUAUAUAUUUAACCAGCCUUUGAAUGGAGAGAGUAGAAGAGAAACUAAAAGCGACAAAAGUACAGAUCAGUACAGAUCUCUAGUUAAUCAGCUGAUCACAGCUGAUUGAAUGCACACAGUACAAAUCUUUUUAUUUGUCAAGAAAUGUACCGCUUAAUACCUCGUAUGUCGAAGUACAUUCUGUCAAAUAUUGAUUUUAUUCGUUUGACAAAUGCUCGACAUAAUUAUCAUAUUCAUAAAAAUAUCUUCACAAGGUCUUGGCGAUUUAAUGUAAUGAAAAGACAUUGUUUCUACGAUUAUCAUAAGUCGCAGGGAAGAAGAUUCGAGGUGUUUUUCGCUGUAUCUCUGCCAACGUUGAUAUUAAAUUUUCUUCUUGGUAUCGAUGAUUCUGACGAAGAAGUUCCAGAAGUUAUUAUGAUGAUCAAGCGAUCAAUAUUGCUGAUACAGAAGGGAGAAUUUACUAAGGCAGAACAAAUAUACACACAACAUAAAAAAAAACAUUAUGAUGCUAUUACAUAUAUCUAUGAUGUAAUGGCUAAUCUUGCCUUUGAUACCGGAGACUAUCGCAAAGCAGAAAAUUUAUUUGUGUCAGUUUUGCAAAGACUAGUAUCGAAUGGAGCUUCAGAAGAUGACAUGAGAAUCAUUCAUAUAAGUUUAAAAAUGGCUAAAGUAUUUGAACAUUUAAAAGAGAUAAAAAAAGCAGAGCACGGCUAUAAAUUUUGUAUAGAGAACUUAAAGUCGCAUAUUGAAAAAGACCCUGAAAAUAAAGAUGCUGUGUUACUACAGGGUAUGACAUUUGAUUGGUAUGCGCGAAUGUUGUUAUCACAAUCUCGACAUGCCGAAGCUUUUAACUAUUUUCUUCAAGCAUAUAAUAUAUGCAAAAAGAUAAAUGGUGAAGAACAUGAACAGACUAUAGUUUUGCUUAAUGAUUUGGGAACUGUUAGUUAUAUGCAAGGAAAAUUUGAUGAAGCAGUUAAAUACUUAUCUGCUGCAACAAAAAUAGGAAGAAAUUUACCUGACAUGGUUGAUUUGGGUUUGAUUUAUGUAAAUUUAGGAAAUAUAUUUCUAAAAAAGGGUUUAUACGAUGAAGCUAAAAAGUCUUGUCAACAAGGGAAAAUGAUAGCUAAGAAUAGGGAUGACAAUGAUUCCUUGCUAAAAGCUGAUGAAUGCCUCAAGGAAGUAAAACGAUUACUAUCAUUAUGAUUCUUAGAUUAUCUAGAUACACAAUUUUGUUAGAACUAUAGAUGCUUGUAUGUGUAAAAUCUGUAAAUAUAUUU